CAUAGCAGUUGAGGAAGGGUUGGCAUGGCAUGAAGUUGAAUUAAUCACACCAUGCAGUGGAAGACGUAAUCCAUCCAUCUCCGUCGAUGGGUCGCUCGGGCCGACCAAUGAACGUGGACGAGUGACUAGGUUAGGCACCGCGUGACACACGAGGCCGUGACAUCCGGCGACGUCGAUCCUGGUGAUUGUAUAUAUGACUUGCACGCUAAUCCUCAACUGCCGUGCCGUGGAUCUAUAUAUUCUGUAGCCACAUGUUGACAUGUGAUGGUACUGUUUUUGUUUUCGCCGUCGAAUUCUUCUGUGUCAAAGGAUGAUGAACACAUAGGGUUGGAAUGGAGUGGACACGCACGGAUGGACUUAUGUGGGUUUCGAAUAUACGGAUGAAUGGAUGAAUGAUCAUGCAUGACGAUCGGCUUUCUGCCUAAUCAACUUUGUGGAGGAAGGAAUACUUACUGAAAGAAAGAGGAAUGAUGGAGCUACGUACUACUGUACGUACUGGACGCGUCCUGCGUACUCUACAAUGAGUGUGAAAGAGAAAGGCGCCGGCGGCAGGCAGGCAGGCAGGCGGUGCAGCCGAGCUAGCCAGCCGCCGGAGUUUGAGUUCAGACCGAUCGCCGGAGGCAGCCCGAUGGAGGAGGACUACGUGUUCAAGGUGGUGGUGAUCGGCGACUCGGGGGUGGGCAAGACGCAGCUGCUGGGGCGCUUCACGCGGGGCGACUUCUGCCUCGACUCCAAGUCCACCAUCGGCAUCGAGUUCCAGACGCGCGCCGCCGACAUCGCCGGCCGCCGCGUCAAGGCCCAGAUAUGGGACACCGCCGGCCAGGAGCGCUACCGGGCCGUCACCAGCGCCUACUACCGGGGCGCGCUGGGCGCCAUGCUCGUCUACGACGUCACGCGCCGGGACUCCUUCGCCCACGCCGCGCGCUGGGUCGCCGAGCUCCGCGCCCACGCCGACAAGUCCAUCGUCGUCGCGCUCGUCGGCAACAAGGCCGACCUCGCCGCCGUCCCAGGGCGUCGGGAGGUGGAGGCCGACGAGGCCGAGGCCUUCGCCGAGGAGCAGGGGCUCUUCUUCUACGAGGCGUCCGCGCUCAGCGGCGACAACGUCGAGGCCGCCUUCCUCGGCCUGCUCCAGGAGAUCCACGCCGCCGUGUCCAGGAAGCCGCUGGAGGCGGCCAGAGGCAACGGUGACGGCGACGACGACGUCCUGGUGCUCAAGGGCAUUUCUCUGUCGCAGGAGCUGUCCAUGAUGGAAACCAGCGCCAUGAAGACACCAAGCAGGUGCUCUUCAUGCUCGACGUGAUACGAAUACGAUACGAUGCCAUAUGAUGUAUUCAGCGAUUAAUUAAUUCUUGGCUGGAAAUACAAGCGUCUCAAAUCGUUCAUGAAACCAGCGCCGUGAAGA